AUGGCAAAUCCGUGCCGUCAUAGCGAAGUCACUGCCAGCAGCAGCGAAGUGAAAGCACAAAAUCGUCGUCCUAGGAAAGCCAGCAGCUCGACGUCGGCGUCCAUUGUUUCGAGCAGCCGACUGGUGGUGGCAUUAAUUCUAUUAACAGUAUGCAUUUCGCAAACCGAAGCCGAACGCAGCUGUCCGGCGGUUUGUCAGUGCAAGUGGAAAGGUGGCAAACAAGCGGUCGAAUGUAUCGACAAGCAGUUGAUUAUUAUCCCGGAACACAUCGAUUACUCCACGCAAGUGUUGGACAUGUCGGGCAACAACCUGCAGAUUUUGCCCAAGGAAACAUUUAGCCGUGCAAAUCUGCUCAACUUGCAGAAGCUUUACCUACGCAACUGUCGCCUGGGGCAGAUUGACGACGGUGCAUUCGCCGGAUUGACCAAUCUCGUCGAAUUAGAUCUGUCUCUCAACCUGUUGACUGCCAUCCCGUCUGCAUCGUUUCUGUACAUUGCCUCGUUGAGAGAUCUCACCCUAGCUCGUAAUCACAUUCAGAAGAUAGAAUCUCAUGCCUUCCGAAACGUAUCCAGCCUCACCAAGUUGGACCUCUCGUACUGCGAAAUUCAAAGCAUCGCCCCGCAAGCAUUCGAAGGUCUCAGCUCACUACAUUCGUUGAAAUUGAACGGCAAUCAACUGUCGGAAUUACGGCCUAAAACGAUCGAAACUCUCAGCAAAUUGCACGGGGUCGAGCUGCAUGAAAACCCGUGGGUUUGCGACUGCAGGUUGCGAGCCACCAAGGUCUGGCUUACCGAUAACAACAUUCCCUAUCCGAUCGCACCCGUGUGCGCCGGAGGCCCGGAACGAAUCAUCGGGAAGACAUUCGCCGAACUCCACGUGGACGACUUCGCGUGCAAACCGGAGAUGUUACCGGUUCGACGGUACAUUCAGGCCUUCACCGGAGAAAACGCCAGCAUCGAGUGCAGAACCAGUGCCGUUCCAUCCGCUAUCGUAAACUGGUACUGGAAUGGAAAGCUACUAGCCAAUAACUCCCAGUUUAGUUCCUAUCAGCGCGUAUACGUAUACGAACAGGGUAACUUUGAAAAGCGCAGCCGAUUGGUGCUAACGAAUGCCCAGGACUCGGACUCCAAUGAGUUCUACUGUGUGGUGGAAAAUAGGGCCGGAACGGCCGAAGCGAACUUCACCUUGCACGUCGUAAUGCGGGACAUCGGCUUCGCAAUCGAGAACAAACAGAUCAUCGGCCUGAGUGCCGCACUAGUAAUACUGAUACUGUUCAUACUGUUGAUCAUCCUGUUUUUGCUGGUCCGGUUGCGUCGGAUACCGAUGACGGAGACAAAGACACCCGGCCAGGUCGAGGUUAUCACCUCCGUAAGUCCCUCUAGUAAUGUAAAUGGAAAGGUGAGCACACCAAUUAAUGAUGUCCAUUCUCCAGAUCGAAAAAACUCCGGCGAUCUAAAGAGCGCCAAUCCGGUGCAGAAGCCGCCCCGGUUAACCGAUUUGCCCUACUCGACGUCCCACUAUGACGCUGGCGGCAGUUUGAUCGCGUCCGGCAACUGUUUCGUGUCCCCCACGCACUCGUCAUCGGGAAACAAUCCAGAUCUGAUCAACGACACGAAACGACUCGGCAGCAUUAACGAUCUGGCCGGUGGCGGUGGUGGUGGUAUAGGUGGUGGCGGCGUUGGUUGCGGACCAGGUAUGAUGGAGAAUAACCCAGGUGUUACCUUAUCCGCUAAUGUUGCCAAUGCAUUGAAUACGCUCUCGCUGAUGGAUCCCAUCGAACGGCCGGGAAGCGGUGAAUACAGUCGAGCGGGCUGUGAUUCACUGUAUCCUUCUGGUCUGUGGGAAACACACAGCUCCAAUCUUACAUCGGCACUAGAGCAAACGACCGAUAUGCUUCUGACGCGGACUCCGACCGCUACGAUCGCCAGUGGAGGCUACACCACGUACUCCGACAAGAUCCCGAUCAUCGGAGCAAACAACAACAUGAUGAAUCUAGACGAUGAAGCGUCCUCCGUAGACUAUCAUAGUCGGACAUUUCCGCGGACACACUUUGGCGGCAGCGGAACGCUAACUGCAGCGGGCUGCGGUGGUGGUAACGGAAGCAGCAGUGGUUCCAGUGUGGUAGGCGCCGUCGGUGGAACAAUUCCCGCUGCGGGCGCCGGUGGCCCAAGUGGCUAUCCCUCCGAUUAUGGGCUGCCCAUUGUGCCCGGGGCGGAACAGCUGCACAAUAAGCUCAGCAGUAUACAGCCGGCACACCAUGGCAGCACCGGAAGCAUGCCAAUGAACGCUAAGACCCUGCGGGUGUGGCAGAAAGGUGGCGUACCAGUGCUGCCUCCAGUGACGGCCUUGAAACGUGCAUUAUCCAACAGCCGAAACUCCCCGGACGAGGGUUACCAGGAAGGAUGCGGUACUGAUGUGUAG